CUUCCGGGUUCGGGGGCAGGUGGCGACGUUUUCAAGGGGCUAAUGUUUAAAAUGCAAAAAUAAACCACUGUUGUCACAUUUCCCUAAAGGAAUAGAAUGGAAGGAAAACCAAGCACAUUUGAAAUCCACACUUCAGUAUCAGGCAAGAAAAAGAAGUAUUCUGUAUAUAAGGAAAAAGCCCAGAAAUGGGGUCAGGAAAGUUUCUGCGACUUCUCUGUAGCAAGUGACCAGCCUCAGGUAACUAAGAAGAAGAAGAGGAGAAAGGAUUUCCAGCAGCUCAUGUCCCCUUUAGAAAAGUCAGAACUGUGUGAUGAGACUGAAAAGGCUACUUUGAUACACAAAAAGAAGAAAAAGAGACAAAACAUUGUUUGGGGAGUCGAGGAAACUGGUGUCGUGCGAGUCCUUGUGGAUAAAGAAAACAUUGAGUACAUGCCAAAGAAUUUUAGAAAGAACAUGGAUGUGGUUUAUGUUGCAAUGAGCGAGGAACAAAAAUUAGCAAAAGCAGAUAAAACAGGUAAACUGAAUACAGUUGCUAAGAUGCAUAAAAAAGCAUCAAAAGAACUUUGUAAAAAAGCUAAGAAGAAAACAAUUAAGACCCAUGAGGGGAAGGUUGCAUCCUGUGACGUUAUACAGGAAAGCCAGAAGGCAAGCGAUGCCCUACCCCCGUCAGACUCACACACACAGCAGUCCUUGCCUUCUGUGGAUCUCCAAGGCAAAAACACAGAUCUGCCAAUGUCUCCUAAGAAAAACAAGUCUAAGAAAAAAAAGAAAAAAGGGUCUGCUAACCAGGAAUUGGAGACCAUGGCCAUGCCUGAAAGUCUUCAUCUCACCCCGUCUGAAGGAUCCCGGGUGGUUAGCAAGGUUAGGACUGAGGAAGGAGGUAAUGUAUCUGAAAAGGCUAAAGGAUCCCACAGCAUGAAAAAAAAAUCCAAGAAAAGGGAGCGGGUGCUAGCCGAAAGCACCCCAGCGACUGGUGAUGAGGUCUCAUUGCCUAGUAUAAACACGGAGAACACACUCUCUGACUCUGCAGCGGGUGAGGGGGUCUUGAUGGAAGAAGAUGUGAACCCCAGGCCGCCGAAGAAGACCAAGGCCUCCCGCGCCAGUUCAAGAGAGAGGCGUGUGGAAGAGGUACAAAGAUUAGAGCGUACCAGUGAAGAAGAAAGCAAUUUGGAACGGUCUGGGGAUUCGGCAACAAGACACUUAGCCGAAGAUUUUGAGGACUCAGAAGUGGACUUGGACUCUGCUGUGAGACAGCUUCAAGAGUUCAUUCCUGACAUAAGCGAAAGGGCAGCCACCACAAUUAAGCGGAUGUAUCGGGAUGACCUGGGGCGGUUUAGAGAGUUUAAAGCCCAAGGUGUUGCGAUUAGAUUUGGCAAGUUUUCUGCUAGGGAAAAUAAGCAGAUAGAGAAAAACGUACAAGACUUCCUAGCGCUGACAGGAAUUGAGAGUGCAGACAAGCUACUGCACACAGACAGAUAUCCAGAGGAAAAGUCUACAAUCACCAACUUAAAGAGAAAGCAUGCAUUCAGGGUGCACAUUGGGAAGGACAUUGCCCGGCCUUGGAAACUUGUGUACUAUCGAGCAAAGAAAAUAUUUGAUGUCAAUAAUUACAAAGGCAGGUACAGCAAAGGAGAGAUGGAAAAGUUGAAGGCAUACCAAUCCAUGCAUGGAAACAACUGGAAGAAGAUUGGUGCUAUGGUGGCCCGCAGCAGCCUCUCGGUGGCCCUAAAGUUCUCCCAGAUGGGCAGUCAAAUAAAUCAUGGUACUUGGAGUAAGACAGAAACCCAGAGAUUAAUCAAGGCAGUUGAAGACGUAAUUCUGAAGAAAAUGUCUCCUGAGGAAUUACAGGAUUUGGAUUCUAAACUUCAAAAAAGUCCUGAAUGUCGCCUGUCAAUUGUCAGGGAGAAACUCUACAGGGGCAUAUCAUGGAUAGAAGUGGAGGCCAAAGUAGAAACCAGGAACUGGAUGCAGUGCAAAAGUAAGUGGAUGGAAAUUCUCACCAAAAGGAUGACUAAUGGCAGGCUCCCUCACCGGGGAGUCAAUGCUCUGCAGGCCAAAAUCAACCUCAUUGAAAGGUUGUAUGCCCUGAAUGUGGAAGAUGCUAAUGAAAUAGAUUGGGAAGUUCUUGCUGGUGCCAUUGGUGAUGUGCCUCCAUCUUACGUUCAAACUAAACUUUAUAAGCUGAAAGCUGCCUAUGUUCCCUUUUGGCAGAAAAAGACUUUUCCAGAGAUCAUUGACUACCUUUAUGAGAAUAGUCUACCUUUGUUUAAAGAACAGUUGGAAAAGAAGAUAGAGAAAGAAGGCACCAAAAUUCCAACUCCCUCAACACCCAAGCAGGAUUUCCUAUUUAAAGAUAUCUUCUACUGUGACGAAGAUAGUGAGGGAGAAGGCAUGGAGGAACACAGUUAACUGGAGUACUGACACGAACAGCUCUGUGAAGCCACGCCAGCCCAGUCCCUCUCACUGCAGCAAGGGGUAGCGUCCCAUCCUGUGACUUUUCCCUAUGUGGGUGCCACUGUGCAUGUUCAGCAGAAUUGAGGAAGCCGACUGUCUCUGAAACGUGCUAUUCUGCCUGUUUUUCCAGACACUCAGAUGUGCAUCCUCAGGGUGGCAAGUUUGAGGAUGUGGAUCUGCUCUUCCCUCACUCAGUAUCUGUUGUGCUGUCUCUGCCUUGUGUGCAUUUCCUCAUCCUGAGCAGGACACUGACCUCUGAUCUGCUUCUCACGGAAAUUAUCCACUCUGAGCAAGUCACUGAAUGAUAAUCUCAGUUAUAUUAAUUACAGAAUAAAAUGAAGUGCUAGUCAUGGUAUAAGUAGGAGGAAUAUGAUUAUGAUUCAAGGCCAAUCCAAGCAAAUAAUGGGAGGCCCUACCUGGAAUUAGAGCAAAAAAUAUUUUUUAAAAGCUUAGGGCCAGGCGGUGGGAGUUCAUGCCUAUAAUCCUAGCUACUCAAGAAG